AUGAAAAUUAAAUCAACAUCAGUUAGAAAACCAAACACCGUGGAUGUAGUUAUACAGGAGAUCGAUGAAAUCGAUAAUGAUUUUUAUUUUAAAUCUGAGAUAGAACUUGAAGAAAGCCAAGACUUAGCAGUUAUCAAGGACGAGCAUGUGCAUCCUCAUUACACUGACAAUGACAAUACACUCAUCAGUAAUAUGAAAUACAUUCCAAUUCAAACUGAUGAAAAUCCAUCCAGAUCAAUUAAAAAAUGCAUUAUAAAACACACAGCCGAAAAACCAUUUCAUUGUGAAUUGGGAUUAAAAUCAUUUUCAUCUGUGGAUCUAAAUAAGCACAUAAGGCCACACACAGGCGAGAGGCCUCUUCAACGUGAGAUAUGUAAGAAGACGUUUUCACAUUUAGGAAGUCUAAAUAAGCACAAAAGGACACAUACUGGCGAGAAGCCUUUUCAAUGUGAGAUUUGCAAGAAAACUUAUUCAGCAUCUGGAACUCUUAAAAACCACAUAAAGACACAUACGGGCGAAAGGCCUUUUCAAU